GCGGUGAGUUUGAAACUGCUCGCACUUGGCCUCCGAGCUGGCGCUUUGGGUUGGGCGAGGGGCCGCGCAGACUGGAAGCUGCCGCCGGCCGCCGCGGGACGAUAGGCCGGGAUCUGUCAUAGAACCUGCUGAGUAACGAUGGAAGACUAUAUCAAAAUAGAAAAAAUUGGUGAAGGUACUUAUGGAGUUGUGUAUAAGGGUAGACACAAAACUACCGGUCAGGUGGUGGCCAUGAAGAAAAUAAGACUAGAAAGUGAAGAGGAAGGGGUUCCUAGUACCGCCAUUCGGGAAAUAUCUCUAUUAAAAGAACUUCGCCAUCCAAAUAUAGUCAGUCUUCAAGAUGUGCUUAUGCAAGAUUCCAGGUUGUAUCUCAUCUUUGAAUUCCUUUCCAUGGAUCUCAAGAAAUACUUGGAUUCUAUUCCAUCUGGUCAGUUUAUGGAUUCUUCACUUGUUAAGAGUUAUUUGUACCAAAUCCUCCAAGGGAUCGUGUUCUGUCACUCCAGACGAGUUCUGCACAGAGACCUAAAGCCUCAGAAUCUACUGAUUGACGACAAAGGGACAAUCAAACUGGCAGACUUUGGCCUCGCCAGAGCUUUCGGGAUCCCUAUUCGCGUGUACACGCACGAGGUGGUGACGCUCUGGUAUAGAUCUCCGGAAGUGCUGCUGGGGUCGGCCCGGUACUCUACCCCUGUUGACAUUUGGAGUAUAGGCACUAUAUUUGCAGAACUGGCGACCAAGAAGCCCCUUUUCCACGGGGAUUCAGAAAUUGAUCAACUUUUCAGGAUUUUCAGAGCUUUGGGCACUCCCAACAAUGAAGUGUGGCCAGAAGUGGAGUCGCUACAGGACUACAAGAACACGUUUCCCAAGUGGAAGCCAGGAAGCCUUGCGUCCCAUGUCAAGAACCUGGAUGAAAAUGGCUUGGAUUUGCUCUCGAAAAUGCUGGUUUACGACCCUGCCAAGCGGAUUUCUGGCAAGAUGGCGCUGAGGCACCCGUACUUUGAUGAUCUGGACGAUCAGAUUAGAAAGAUGUAGCUUCCUGUCAGAAGCUCCCUCCAGCUGGCCCACAGACAGAUGGUGUCUUCAUUGUCUUCCUCUUUCUGUCUUGUAUAUUUUUCUUCUCUUUGUAAAACUGAAGCUGUCCUUCCUCUUCUAACUUGGACGUAUAACUUAAGAUGUAAAUAUUGUCCCAUAUGAAUUUGAAUGUAAUGAUCCUGUACAUGCGUGUAGAUCUCACUGCUAUGGACAUUUGUUACUGUAAUAAAAGUACAAAACCACCCA